UCGUAAUAAUGUUCGCAGUUCGAGUUGAUCGAGUGACAUAAUGGCACGUUGGUAAAAGUCUUAGCUGUGUUUUUGAAUGAAUGUAAAUUAAAUACAUUACAAUAGUUGUGUAAAUCGUAAUAAAACGUGACAAAAUGCCGAAGAAAAAGACUGGUCAAAGAAGAAAAGCGGAGAAACAAAAACUGAGACAGAAAGAAAUUCGAGCUUCCAAGGAUCAAGUAGAUCUAGCCAAAUUUCCUUGCAAUGCAGUAAUGGAAUGCGAUAAAUGCAACAAGAAACAAAAAAGCAGAGCUUUUUGUUAUUUCUGUCAAAGUCUACAGCGUUUACCUAUGUGUGCCCACUGCGGUAAAAUAAAAUGUAUGUUAAAAACUGGAGAUUGCGUUGUUCGCCACCCCGGUAUAUUUACUACUGGUUUAGGUAUGGUGGGAGCAAUAUGCGAUCACUGUGAAGCAUGGGUUUGCCAUGGAAGACGAUGCCUUACUACUCAUGCAUGUAUGUGUCCAUUAGCAGAGGCAAUUUGUCAGGAAUGCGAAAGAGGCGUAUGGGAUCAUGGUGGUAGAAUAUUUCGAUGCUCUUUCUGUAAUUGUUUCCUUUGUGAAGAUGAUCAAUUUGAACAUCAAGCAUCUUGUCAAGUGUUAGAAGCAGAAAGUUUUAAAUGUCAAUCAUGUAAUCGUUUAGGGCAAUAUUCUUGUCUGAGAUGUAAAACAUGUUAUUGCGAAGAUCAUGUUCGAAGGAAAGGGUUUAAAUAUGAAAAGAAUAAACCUAUACCUUGUCCCAAAUGUAGUUUUGAAACAUCUCAAACUAAAGACCUUAGCAUGUCAACAAGAAGUCAUAAAUUUGGUAGGCAAAAUCAAAGUGGAACCGGCGACUCUGACGAUGAAGAUGGAUAUUCUUAUUAUGGAAAUCAAUCCCAAGGUUAUGGUUCCGAAAAUUGUGCCAUGGAUGAUGACGAAAACGAAGAUGAAGAUGAUGACGAUGACGACGACGACGAAGACGAUGAUGACGACGACGAAGAAGAACAAGAAGAUGAAUCAUUAAGUGAAACUGAAGGAAAUGACAAUAAUAAACUACAUGUUAAUAAAAAUAACAUUUAAUAAAACAUAUUUUCAUUAAAUAUAAACAUGA